GGUGUGGUAGAAGUUAAUAAGGAUUUCUUGGUUUAUUUUCUUAGUACAGAAUUAGACAGACAUGGACCUUAAACAUUUGUUUGCGGACCGCCAUGAUACCAUAGGAGGUCUGCAUCAACGGACUUCAGUGCAGGCCGACUCAGAUUAUGUCUGAGGAGGGUAACAUCAACAGUGAGGACAAACCCAGCCUGCCUCUCUCCUUCCACACUGAGUAGAAACCUACAGUCACUGGGUCCUGAUUGUGACAGUGGAGCCCAGUUUGCACUGCAGGAUCCAGAGAUGGCAUCAGUGAAGCUGGAAGACUGCAGUCAAACACUGGAGCUGAAUGUCAACAUUAAAGAUGAAGAAGAGGAGGAGGAGAAGAUUAGAACAACUGUUAGUCAUGGAUACCAUGUAGAGACAUUCUCUACAUCCAGAGAGCAACAGCAGGAAGAUCAGAGAGCUAAGAGGUCUCAUCACUGCCCACAUUGUGAAGAGAUUUUCCCAUUUCUAUCAAAGCUAAAAAUACACCUAAAAAUACACACAGGAGAGAAGCCCUACUCCUGCUCUGGCUGUGGAAAAUGCUUCAAAACAUCAAAUGAGCUAAAAGUUCAUAAGAGAACACACACAGGAGAGAAGCCUUUUUCCUGCCCUGACUGUGGAACUCGGUUCUCUAAACUUAACCACUUACAAUCACAUGAACGUAUACAUACAGGGGAGAAGCCAUACUCCUGCUCUGACUGUGUAAAAUAUUUCAGAACAUCAACUCAACUAAAAGUUCAUCAGAGAACACACACAGGACAGAAGCCUUACUCCUGCUCUCACUGUGUAAAAUGCUUCACAACGUCAACUGAUCUAAAAGUUCAUCAGAGAACACACACAGGAGAGAAGCCUUUUUCUUGCCCUGACUGUGGAACUAGGUUCUCUAAACUUUCCAUCUUAAAAUCACAUGAACGUAUACACACAGGAGAGAAGCCUUACUUCUGCUCUGACUGUGUAAAAUGCUUCAAAACAUCAACUCAGCUAAAAGUUCAUCAGAGAACACACACAGGAGAGAAGCCUUUCUUCUGCCCUGACUGUGGAACUAGUUUCUCUCAACUUUCCUACUUAAAAUCACAUGAACGUAUACAUACAGGGGAGAAGGCAUACUCCUGCUCUGACUGUGGAAAAUGUUAUAAAACAGCAACUGAGCUAAAACUUCACCAGAGAACACACACAGGAGAGAAGCCUUACUUCUGCUCUGACUGUGGAACUAGUUUCUCUCAUCUUUCCAACUUAAAUAGACAUGAACGUAUACACACAGGAGAGAAGCCUUACUUUUGCUCUGACUGUGUAAAAUGCUUCAAUACAUCAACUCAGCUAAAAGUUCAUCAGAGAACACACACAGGAGAGAAGCCUUUCUUCUGCCCUGACUGUGGAACUAGUUUCUCUCACCUUUCCUACUUAAAAUCACAUGAACGUAUACAUACAGGGGAGAAGGCAUACUCCUGCCCUGACUGUGGAAAAUGUUAUAAAACAGCAACUGAGCUAAAACUUCACCAGAGAACACACACAGGAGAGAAGCCUUACUUCUGCUCUGACUGUGGAACUAGUUUCUCUCAACUUUCCAACUUAAAAACACAUGAACGUAUACACACAGGAGAGAAGCCUUACUUCUGCUCUGAAUGUGUAAAAUGCUUCAAAACAUCAACUCAGCUAAAAGUUCAUAAGAGAACACACACAGGGGAGAAAAAAAGUUCAUCAGAGAACACAGGCAUGAGAGAAGCCUGCUUACGUCUGCUCUGACUUUUGGGUGAGUUUCUCUCACCAUAGCAACUUAACACACCAAUGUUUAGACACGGGAGAAGCCUUACUCCUGCUCUGUGGAGGGGUGAGCGUGUAAGUCAAACGUCUAGCCAAAGGCUGCGUGUUUGAAUCUCAUCAAGCAGGACUUUAGCAAUUUAGCUAAUUAGCAACUUUGCAACUUCUUACUAUUUUUUAGCUAUGUUAGCAUGUUAGCUUAGCAUGCAACUACUUAGCAUGUUAGCUAACCUUUCCCCUAAACCCAUUUAACUCUACCUUAAACCCCUCACCCCUAAUCUAGCUAACGUUAGCAACAACAAAUUGGAAUUCGUAAGAAAUCAUACAUAUUACAAGUUCGUAACAUAUUGUAUGAAUAGCAAUGCGUAACAUAACAUAUGAAUUGUAAUUCUUAACAUCUGAUAUGUCCUACAAGUCGUAUUAUACUGAACAACAAUCUAAAUGGAACAAUUUCAAAGAUUUACAGUUCGUAUAAGCAUAUCAGUCAAUUGAAAUAAAUGAGGCCCUAAUCUAUGGAUUUCACAUGACUGGGCAGGGGCUCAGGCUUGGGUGGGACUUUGGAGGGCAUAGGCCCACUUGGGAGCCAGGCCCAGCCAAUCAGCAUGAGUUUUUCCCCACAAAAGGUCUUUAUUACAGACAUAAAUACGACUCACCCCCCUCCCAGACAAUCCUGCAGGUGAAGAGGUCCUGGGCUGCCGUGGAUACAUGUGAUCUGCAGUUGUGAGGCCGGUUGGAUGUACUGCCAAAUUCUCUAAAAGGACUUUAGAGGUGUCUUAUGGUAGAGAUAUAAAUAUUGAGUUCUCUGGCAACAGCUCUGGUGGACAUUCCUGCAUUCAUCAUGACAAUUGCACAUUCCCUAAACUUGAGACAAAUGUGACAUUGUGUUGUGUGGCCUUUUAUUGUCCCCCAGCACAAGGUGCACCUGUGUAAUGAUAAUGCUGUUUUAUCAGCAUCUUGAUAUGCUACACCUAUCAGGUGGAUGGAUUAUCUUGACAAAGGCUGAAAUGCUCAUUAACCUCUACAGAGUACCUAACCCGGAUCCGGGAGCACCCCCCCCC